GGCGACGUUGCCAGAUUCACAAUGUUUCCAAAGAAUGCCGCUGCAUUUUACUGUUUUAUGUACAAUUUAGAUGGAUUUGGGUAUUUGAAGUUUUGAAUGUUGUUUGUGAGAAGCCGCCAAAAGUACUUUAGCAACACUGUGUAAAGGUUGUUGAUUUGUGGCUUCGGUUUUGGCGUUAUUUAGAGAAAGAAUUUAUAAACAAAACGCUAUCGAUAUCGUUGUGAAAAUGUUGUGAGUUGCGAUCGAAACAAUUAAAACGUAUUAAACUAAUGUUUUGGCUACGCCGCACUAAAAAAUGGAAGUAAACGAAUCAGAACUAACCUCAAACAUGGGCAAUGUACUGUCAACGUCCAGUGAAAAAAACGAAACCGUAGAUUCUACUCCUACAUCUUCAACUGAUGCUUUUACUAAGAACGAAGAAAAUACAACAGUUUCUGAUGAUCCAAUCAGUAGCACGUCCUCCGAAGUAAAAGAAGCCCCUAAAAUUAAAGACCCCACCCCUUCAAAAACUUCUACCAUGGACCCUGAUGCAGACAUGUUGGGCAUGGAAAAAGGCACAGGGGAAAAAAUCACUGAAGAUGUUGAAGAUCUUGUCCAUGACCUUGAGAGUCUUCUGGGUGAAUCGACUGAUUCAUUCAACAUCUCAAAUAUUAGAAAAAAGAAUAAUUUGGUUAAAACGGCUGCAAUGGAUGAUGAUUUAAUGAAAGAUAUUGAAGCUGAACUUCAGGGGACUUUGGAGAGUAAAGAAGAAAGUAUGGAAGUGACAGCAGAACCUGUAAAAGGAACAGAAGUCAUCACAAUGGAUGAACCAGAUAGAGUAACAAACAUAACCUCAGAAUUACCUCAAAAAAUAGAAGAACUCCCUGUCAAAACACCUGAAAUUUCUGAGGAACCUGCUUCUAAAAAAGAAGAAAAUACAAAUAAAGUUCAUGAUGAAUCUUCCACUAAAGAAGAAGAAGAAUCAAAGGAGGAAGACCCCAUUACAACAAAAAUUGAAGAAGAGGUUCAAAAACAAGUUUCUUCAAAAACAGAAGGUGAUACUGAAACAGUUGAUUCCAAAAAAGAAGAAACUGUCGAAGAACCUGACAGUCAACAGGAAAUGCCCAACAAAGAAGAUAAUAAAGAAAAAAUGGACACCACUGAAGAAACCGACGUUUCUGAAAAUUCUUCCGAGAAUUUGGCAAAAGAGGUGUUUGAAAUCACUGAACUUGUUGAAGAAAUUAAGGAUGUUGAACCCAUAGUUGAAGAAAUUAAGGAUGUUGAACCCAUAGUUGAAGAACCAGCUGAAGAAGAAUCACCAAAACAAGAGGAAAUUGAAGAAAUUGUUCCAAUUGAAGAAUCAGCUACCAGUUGUACAGAGGUAGCAGAAAAAGAAGAAGAGGGGUUUAAAAUUGAAGAAAUCAUCCAAGAAAAAGAAAAAACGGUUGCUACCUCUACAAUAAUUGAAGAAGAAGAGAAUACAGAGACCACUAUAAUUGAAGAAGAUUAUAAAGAAAAGGUUUCAGAGCCCACAAUAAUUGAAAAAGAUGAAGAGGUUUCAGAACCCACAAUAACUGAAGAAGAAGAAGCAAAGGAAGAGGAGCAUGUUACUCUUGAAAAAGACAAAAAAGAAAUUAAAAUUUCUUCGGAAGUUGAAGAAAUGGAGGUUUUAGAAGAACCAUUAGAGAAUAAAGUUGAAGAAAGUUUGACCAAAGAUUCUGAAGUUAUCAAAGAACCAAUGGAAGAUAAAGAAACUGAAGCUGAAAAGCCAGUUGAAGCUAUGGAAACUGAAGAUAUUGCUGAAGAACCUUUGGUUAAAACAGAAGAAACUUCAGUUGAAACAAACGUGGAAGAAAUUGUUCAAGAACAGUCCAAGAUUGAAGAAGAGAAAGAAUAUGUAGAAGAAAUUAUUGAUGAAUCUCAAGAAAUGGAAGAAAUUGCAGAACCUUCACAGAUUGUUGAAGAAAGUACACAAAUUAAAGAAACGCCAGUUGCUAUUGAAGAAACUGCUGUAGAAUCUUCAAAAGAAGUAGACAUGGAAGAAAAACCUAUUAAAGAUCAAGUAGAUCAAGUAGAAGUGGAAGAAAAACCUAUUGAAGACCAAGUAGUAAUGGAGAAAAAUUAUGAAGAAGCAAUGGAUGUUCAAGAAGACUCUUCCAUUGUAAAAGAAGUGGUUCAAGAAGUUUUAGAAGAACAAAAAGAAGAAAUUAUCAAUGAAAAACCUAUUAAAGAAACGAAAUCUGCAAUUGAAGAAGAAGUUUGUGAAAUUCAAGAGGAAAAAUCUGCCAUUGAAGAAAAUAAGGUUGUUAUUGAAGAAACAGAAAUUAAGGAAGAUGCACCUUUAAUUGAAGAAGAAAAACCUGCCAUUGUAGAAAAAAAAGUUGGUAUUGAAGAAACAUCGUCUGAGAUUAAGGAAGAUACACCAGUAAUUGAAGAUAAACCGAUAAUUGAGGAAGACAAUCCUUCCGUUGAAGAGCAAAAAACCCUCAAUAAAUCCUCAGGUUUUGUCGACAUUGCAGAAGUGUUUUCCGAUAGUUUCACGUCUCAAGAAAACAAAGAAGAAACACCCAAAACAAACGAAAAUAUGGAAGAAACCAAUCAGAAAUCCGAGGUUAUAUCAGUGGCAUCAUCGGAGUCAGAAAUUAUUAGCGAGACAUCCACAGAGCGUAGAAUGUGCUCUAGCGACUCUGAGAUAGCUUUGAGCGUUUCACAAGACGUCCCUGAGGUUUCUUCAGAGUCCAAUGAGUCCGCAAAAGGGGAAAAUGCGUUUGAAAACGCGGAAAAUGCACAGGAUAAAAAUUUGAGUGAAGAAGAAGUGGAAGACGUGCCUACUCUACAAUUGGAUUCUUCGAUGGAGGAGGAUGAAGACAUCGAGAAAGACUACGAGGUGGUUGAGAUGUCGGAUGUACCGAGAGUCGAGGAAUUACCGCAGGAAAACAAACAAAUCGAAAACAAGAAAGUUAAAAGCUUGUUCGACACCCCAAACUCUUCCGAAGCUAGUUCUCCAGCCGUGGUCGAAAUAAACGACUCCACGAGCGAUUCGGUGGAAGAAGUGAAGCCCCAAAAGUCCGCCGAUGAAGUCCAUUUGGCACCGUCACAACCAAUGGACUUCCAUCAAAAUCUAGAAACGCUUAGAGCAGUUGAGAGCUUGAAAAGUCUUUGCGGCACCUCGGACGCUUACCCCGAGCCUUCAGAAGAUUUUACAUUGAGACAAGCUGUGGAGAGUAUCAGUCAGCCUUUUGAAGCUGAACCUGAAGCUGCUAUAAUUGAGGCUGCAGAUGAGAGCUCGCCUGAAGUGGUUUCUGAUGAAACUGAUAUUCUUAUUGGUGCAGCUAAUGAUGCUCAAAAGAACUUGCAUGAAGGUAAAAAGCAGAAGAAAUCGCACGAAAAAGAGAAAGAGAAACAUACUGGAUGUGAUAAACCUUUGUCUAUCAACGUAGAUGAAGUGAAAGAAUCAAAAGUGUACAGCCCAAAAUUAAUAAUAAAACCUCUAAAAGCCCCAGAAGAUGAAAUCACCACAACAAGUAACGUGGAGAGUGAAAAUCGCGAGCCACUAAAAAUGACAAUCACCAAACAGUCGGACAAAAUGCAUUCCAUAUUGAAAAUUUACAAUCCCAAUGAAGUACAGGAAGUCCAAGACGAUUCACCCGAACAAACGGUACCGAAAUUAAUCAUAAAAACUACAAACAAAGAACAAGGGAGUCCUAAGUUGACGAGGCGAGCUUACCACUCGCCGACAAGUUCAACGCCCAGAUCUGGAAGUCCUAGAGUUACAGGAAAGGAAGCUAAUAACUUAUCUCGCGGCCCGAAGUUGAUCAUCAAACCCGUCAUCAAGCCUGAUGACGAAGCCAAGGAAGAAAGAAGUCCAAAGUUGAACAUCAAGCCCGUGAGGGCUCCGGAAGAAAGCGAGCAAGUCCACAGCCCCAAACUGCGCAUCAAACCCAUCGUCAAGCCCGACGAGCUGAUCGAACAAACGCCGAAGAGACACGGCGAAAAAGUUUGCAGCCCCAAAGUUACGAUCAAGCCCGUGCUGAAAACCCACGAGUUGGAGGCGAAAUUGGAGGAGGACGAAAGGAUCGUCUUGAAGACCAGCCCCAAAGUGACGAUCAAACCGGUGGUCAAACCUGCCGAGCCGGAGGUCAAGAACGAAGACGACGAAGUCAAAGAAAGGAUCGUUUUGAAGAUAAACAAGGGAAAUUUGACGACGCCCGUCAAGGAGUCCAGAAAGAGGGAUCACUCGGAAGAAAAGUCGGAGAAGUUGAAGAAAAUCAAGUUGAAGUUUUCGAGAGAAGGUGGGCAGACUCACAUAGUACCAAGUACUGAAGAGCUUAAGAUGGAAGUUGAGGAUAACUCAGUGGAUAAUAAUGAUUCUGUGAAUACUGACAAUGUUUCUUCCGUAUCGACGCCGGAUGUCAGGGUAAACACAGGUUUAUAUGUUCUAGUAACCCCUUUGUCUACUCCCGACACAACCCCGACACCGCGCAAGCGCGGCAGACCGCGCAAAAUUCCCCUGGCAGUGGAGACCCCGCCGAUGCCAUCCCCCGCGCAGGAAGCCUCCCGCGGUCCCCCGUCCUUGCCGGGCGACGAAGCGCAGCCCAAAAGCCUGGAGGACAAGGCUACUCCGCGCGCGGAGUCCGGCCGUCCGAAAAGAAGUUGCAGGGGAGUGUCCGUGUGCGACACGCUGGGCAUCAAGCCCAGAAAGCCCAGGGGCGGGGGCAGGGGCAGGGCCAGCGCCCGAGGACUCGGGACCAGAAGUAAUGUGCCCAUGAAGCCCGAAAAGGAAGUGAAGCUGAGUAAAGCGCGUUUGAAGCUGCUGGAAAAAUCGGCAAAAGAGGAGGAGUUACGGAAAAAGGAAGAACUAGCUUUACAAGGCAAAAUUGAGGUUAUUGAAGUUAAAGAAAUAACCGACAAAGAGGCAGAAAUCGAGGAAACUGUGAAGCCUUUAUCAGAGUUCAGCAACAUACCUAUACCUAGUAUUGAAGAAGCGAAUGUUGAUUUAACUCCAGACGAUUCAACUCCUUCGCCAAUUGUGGAAGAAAUUAAAGUAUUAGAAAAGAAAAGUGAAGAUAUUGUUGUAGUGGAAGCUAUUAUUGAAAAUCCACAUAAAGAUGAAGUAACAGAUAUUCUUCCUGAAGCAAUGUUUGAAGAAGAAACAAGAAUGAGUGCCGAUGCCAAUUCUAGAGCUCAAACCCCGGCAAAACAGGUUAUUGCUACACCAAUGGAAGUAGAAGAGUCCCAAAGCUCCAUGCAUAGUACCGCCACAGUGGAGAGUGGAAAAACUCCGGCUAAAAACAAAGGUUCUAGACUUGAAGUCCAUCAGGACUUGGACACCCAUAUUAUAGCAGCUGAGCAACUAGCUGAGUACUAUUGGAACAACAAUGGCCCUUUUAUGCUGCAAGAACAAGUGGCGCAGUUUUUGGGCAUAAAAUCCUUCAAAAGGAAAUACCCAAAUGUCCAAAGACGAUUUGUAGAUAUGCAGGAAAGGGAUUUUAUUCGGGAAAGUGGCCUCGCGUCCGAAGCUAUGUGCGACUUGGGACUUACAGCUGUUUGCUGCGCCGAUAUUCUCGACAUUAUGUACAACGAUUUUCAGGAUAAGUACGAGGAAUAUUGCAAGCAUCAGAGGGAUAAACAAACGAAGGAGUUGAUUAAUAAACAAAAGGCGAUGUGUUUGGCCGCUAUACAAGACAAAAACAGACUCGAUCUUACGGAGCAAGCUAUCCAUUCAGCUGCAAACUGGAACGCCAGCUUCAACAAGAAUCGUAAAGAGCAAAGAAAAGCCUCGAUGGAUUUGCAAACUUUAACAGUAAACUACCCAAAAGGCAAAAUAAAGCAACUGAAUAAACCUAAAAUAGGUCAUUAUCCUGUUUCUUUGGUGCCAGGACAAUUCACAGAUUUUUACCAGGAGUUCACACCAACUGAAAUAAAUAAUCUCCCGAUCAACACAAUGUGUUACGACCCGAUAAACGUACACGAGUCUGAUUCUGACAGUUCAGGGUCCGACUCCGACUCUGACAGUUCAUCUUCAGGGUCCAGUUCUUCGGGGUCUUGUUCUGACGACGGUGACUGCAAAGUUUGCGUGAAAAUUCCGCAGCAUCAGCCGAUCAAAAAAGCCGCCGCAACUUCUACCAAGUAAGCACACAGUAUUCAGCGUUUACCUAUUGUAUAUAUUUUUACUUUUUGAUAAUCUCUAAUAUAUGAUCUAUGUUAGGUACUUAAUAGAUGUAUUACUUAA